AUGGAUUCUCACCCAAUUGCAAUACAGCAUAUUUGGCUCAAAGUAUUAGUCGAAAAGUCCUUGUUUGAAAAUUGUACAGAUUCAGGCGAAGGAGGAGGAAUUUACGUAAAUUAUGCAGAGAAAUUCGUUUUAGAUAAGGUUUGUGCAAAUAGAUGUUUAUCAAAUACUUCUGGACACUUUUUCUUUCUGGACUUUAUAAAUUCUUCAGUUAAUUUGACUUCGGUAAUAUAUUGCGGCGGAGUUCAAGACGAUCUUACAGCAGACUCGACAACACUAUCAAUCAAUGGAAAUUUGGGCUAUAUAAAAUAUCUAAAUUGCUCAUUUAAUAAAGCUAAAUAUGCUUCUGCAUUGAAAUUUAGUGUUACAAGAUCUUAUAGUCUCAAUUUCUCUACAAUAAAUAGCAAUUCAUUUUCUAAACAUACAAUUGAUAUUUUCAACGACGUAAUUAAAAUAACUUCAUGUAACAUACUUAAUAAUCGCGGUGAUUAUGUUUUUUCUAUAAAUUCAGAUUUAAUAAUAAGAGACUCAUCAAUUUAUGAUAAUGAUGUCACAAUGGUAUUUUUUGGUAAUUUAGGUGAAAUACAAUCAAACGUAUAUCUUUUUAAUACUUACAUUGAUUCAGCUAGUUCAGAAGGCAUUGGUACGAUCAGAUUCAGAGAUCAAGUAUUGAUCAAAAAUUCCGUCAAUUUAGAAAGAAAACUUUCAUGCGGAAUUGAUCCAGUUCCAAUGACAGCUCCUAAAAAACUAGAACAUAUCAUUAAUGCAUAUAAGAAAUAG